GGUCUUUUGGGUUCCCAGCGCGUGAUGCUUCCCUGAAAAGUCUGCAGGUUGGUGUCAGUCUGCCUGACAUUCUGCCUCUGCCGUGCAGCUAUCCAUCCGGACCCCACUCCUCUCCCAGGAACAUGGCCUCCUCAGAGCUCGCGCUUUUGAGCGUGUCCGAUAAAACCGGACUGGUGGACUUCGCUAAACGGCUGGUGCACGCGGGACUGUCUCUGGUGGCCUCCGGGGGCACCGCCAAAGCCCUGCGCGAGGCUGGGCUGGUGGUCAGAGAUGUGUCCGAGCUGACCGGACACCCAGAGAUGCUGGGAGGCAGAGUGAAGACUCUCCACCCGGCUGUCCACGCGGGCAUCCUGGCCAGGAAGAGCCCCUCGGACGCCGCGGACAUGGAGAAGCUGGGCUACAGUCUGGUCAGGCUGGUGGUGUGCAACCUCUAUCCUUUCGUAAAGACAGUCUCGGUCCCGGGCGUCGCCGUGGAGGACGCUGUGGAGCAGAUAGACAUCGGUGGUGUGACUCUGCUGAGAGCGGCUGCCAAGAACCAUGCCCGGGUCACCAUUGUGUGCGAUCCAGCUGACUAUUCACUGGUUGCCAAGGAGAUGGAGAAUUCGGAGGACAAAGACACGACCCUGGAAACACGCAGGACUCUGGCUCUCAAAGCCUUCACCCACACGGCCCAGUACGACGAGGCCAUCGCCGACUACUUCCGGGGGCAGUACGGCCGCGGCGUGUCCCAGCUGCCCCUCCGCUACGGCAUGAACCCCCACCAGGCCCCGGCCCAGAUCUACACGCUGCGCUCGGAGCUCCCCCUCAGAGUGGUGAACGGCUCCCCUGGUUUCAUCAACCUGUGCGAUGCUCUGAAUGCGUGGCAGCUGGUCCGAGAGCUGCGGCGCGCCCUGGGCCUGGCCGCCGCCGCCUCCUUCAAGCACGUCAGCCCCGCCGGAGCUGCUGUGGGAGUUCCCCUGUCCGAGGAGGAGGCCAAAGUGUGCAUGGUGCACGACCUGCUGAAGGACCUCACCCCACUGGCCACGGCCUACGCCAGGGCCCGAGGUUCGGACAGAAUGUCUUCUUUUGGAGAUUUUAUCGCCGUGUCGGACGUGUGCGACGUUCCCACCGCCAAGAUAAUAUCCAGAGAGGUGAGGGAGGGAGGAAAUGGAAGAGAGCGAGUCUCGGAUGGCAUUAUUGCUCCCGGUUAUGAGGAGGAGGCGCUUAAAAUCCUCUCCAAGAAGAAAAACGGGAACUACUGUGUGCUCCAGAUGGAUCCAGACUACGAGCCCGACCAGACCGAGCUGAGAGUGCUGUUUGGACUCCAUCUCAAACAGAAGAGGAACGACGCGCUCAUCGAUAAGGCCUUCUUCAGCAACGUUGUUUCCAAGGGCUCGCUGCCGGAGGAGGCCGUGCGGGAUCUCACGGUGGCCACCAUCGCCGUCAAGUACACGCAGUCCAACUCUGUGUGUUACGCCAAAGACGGGCAGGUCAUCGGCAUCGGCGCAGGCCAGCAGUCCCGCAUCCACUGCACGCGUCUGGCCGGGGACAAGGCUGACAACUGGUGGCUGAGGCACCACCCCCGCGUCCUGGGCAUGAAGUUUCAGGGCGGUGUGAAGCGGGCCGAGAUGGCCAACGCCAUCGACCAGUACGUGAGCGACACCGUUGGAGAGGGUCCAGACUUGGCCGUGUGGAAGUCGAUGUAUGAGGAGGUGCCGGAGCCUCUGUCGGAUACCGAGAAGAAGAACUGGAUCAGCUCCCUGCGGGCUGUGGCCGUCAGCUCCGAUGCCUUCUUCCCCUUCAGGGAUAACAUCGAUCGGGCCAAACGGAGUGGUGUGGAGUACAUCGCGGCUCCGGCCGGGUCCGCCGCUGACCAGGUCGUGAUCAACGCCUGUAACGAGCUGGGCAUCGCUCUGGUCCACACCAACCUGCGACUCUUCCACCACUGAACACUACAAAGCCUACGGAGGGCCUAACGUUACUGAUGGAAACCGUUCACCGUCUGUUCCUCAUCUGUGUUGUACUGAGGUGAAAUAAACUACUGCUGACGCUGAGUUUUUUCUUUUUCGGCUUUCUCUGAUGUUAGGUGACAUCACUUCGACAGUUAAUGGAGGAAUUUAUCCUUGGCAAACCUUCAUAUACAUAUUUCCCCAAACUCUUUUUCCGUUGGUCUAAACACUGAUAUGAGAG